ACAUGUUUUUUAAAAUAUAUUCUCAAUUGUUAUGUUGUUAAACGGUUGUAUGAUUCUAUCUGCUUAUCGGUCAAAACCUCUUCUAACAGUUCUAUUGUCAAAUAAACGACGUGAUGAUUUUAAUGAUGUUUUGUCUGCGCUCCCAUUUUCCUGCUUCAUGAAGUUUCAACAAUACGUAAUUUGAUAAAGUGAUUGUCACGAAUGGCGAAUUACGUGAGAUCGCGUUGGUACGUGGGUUUUCCGCGACCCAAGAGAAGCGUGGACUAUGAUUUAUCAAGUGAAGUCAAUCGUGCUGCCCUGGCCAGACUGAAAUCCAUUGAUGAGCAAGACACGAAAGAUUUGCAACGAGCAGGGACCGUUCCCGAUGUGAGUGACGUUAACGAAAACGGGAGUAAGGUGCAAACUAGUUUAGCUGAUGAAAUGAAACUGGCGGCAAUUUAUGACGACGAAAGAAUGAUCAAUAAUAUUUUGAGAGAGAAAACAAGUGACCGUGAAAUUCAAAGAUUACUCUCGAGAACUGAUGAAAGAGGACAACCAUGUAUAUUUUACGCUUUGGAGUCGCGUAGUCUUAAUUCUCUUACUUCCUUGUUAAAUCACGUAAAAGACACCAAGUGUGUGAUAGCUAAGAACGGAGAGAGUGUACUUCAUGUAGCCACGAGAAUGGGUGACGUAGAUUUUCUUCAUAACUUGUUGCAACACGACUUCAUUGUUGAUCUUGUGAACCAUGUGGAAAGCGUGAAUGGUCGAUCACCACUUCAUUUUGCCGCAACGUUCAACCAUGUUGAGAUCGCCAAGGUGUUGCUAGAACACGGUGGAAAGAUAACAGAGGUUGAUAUCACAGAAAGAUGUCCAUUGUACAUCGCCGCUAAUAAAGGACAUGCUAAUAUGCUUGAACUUUUCCUGAAACACGAAAAAAGCAGAGUGCAAGAGUUAUUGUUCAGCGAGGAGUAUGGUGGAAGUCAUUACCGCAAUAUACUUCAUGUUGCUGUGGACAGUGGUGAUGAACGCACUGUACAAGUUUGUCUGCAAGAUGAAGAUGUGAUUCGUGAAGAUUUGCGCGAAGAAAUCAGACAUGGAGAUGGUUAUUUGAUUCAUGCGGCUUGCAAAAAUGGCAUGGAGAAGAGUUUAUUUCGAUUUGUGGAUGUAAUGACACAUUUGGACUUACUUCAGUUGAACAGAAAGGAUAAACAAGGAUUCACUCCGAUUCAUAAAGCGGCAAUCAAUAAUCACAGUGGUAUUGUCUCUUACAUUGGAUCAAAAUCCAAGAUUUUUGUCAAUGAAAAGACGGAAAACUCCCAGUCUGCGUUGGUCCUUGCCGCUCAACGCGGUCAUGUUCGUGUCGUUGAAGAACUGCUUAAAUUGAAAGCUGAUUUCACCAUUCGUGAUGACAGCAAUAGAACGGUUCUUCACUAUGCAAUUGCACAUCCUGAAACAUUGAGAAUUUUGCUGAAGGUAUGCAAGUUUCACGUGGUUGCUAUCGUUUUGUUUGGAGAUGAAAAGCGAAAAAAAAGAUCUCGGGCCUUGCUUAUUAACGAGAAAGAAAUAGACGGUUAUACUCCCAUUCAUAAUGCCGCCUUAAAAGGAUUACUUGAGAGUGUCCGUAUUUUGUUAGAAUAUAACGCUGAUCUGAAUGUCUUCACGAACACUUCUCGUUCGCCAUUACAUUGCGCUGUUAGUUCACAGAACUCUGAUGUGGUUGAAUUAAUCCUAGCCAAUGAACCAGCUUUGAUCAACAAGGUCGAUGCCACAGGGAAAACGCCGCUCCAUACAGCAACGAACUACAGUAGCCCAGAGGUCGUCAAAUGUCUUCUGAAUAAGGGAGCAAUUAUAGUUAGGGAUGGAAAUUUGUUUAGUCCACUUCACAUUGCUGCGUUCAAAGGACAUCUUAAUAUUGUUGAAUUGUUGGUGAUGUUCAAACCUUCCAUGAUCGAUUGGGAAAAUAAAUACAAACGAACAGCAUUGCUUACAGCAGCUGUGAAAGGCAAAGCAGAUGUUGUGAAGUAUUUGCUAGAUAGCAUGGCGGCAAUUACAGAAGAUUAUGAGUUCUUUAACUGCUUGGAUUGGGCCAUCAUAAAUGACGAUACAAAAAGUGCUAUGGUGAUGAUGUGUCAUGAUAGAUGGAAAGAGAUUAUUUUGAAGACAAAAAAUGGUACAGAAGGAACGAUGGCGAAGUUGGUUUCUAAGAAUAUGUCCGAAGUGGCGUAUCGAGCUCUUUCUAACAGCAUGAAAACCACAGGACACCCAGAGAGUAUUGACCAUUUGGUUGCAUACGACUUUUUGUGUUUACAAAAUACAGUUACAAACAAGAGAGGUAAAAAACUCAAGCCAUUUACCGCCAUCAAAGCGAUGUUGCGAAAUAGCAGUUACCAAUGCCUAUGUCAUCCUGUCUGCUGUAAAUACCUUAAAGCAAAAUGGAUGGAAUUUGGAUGGAAAGUGUGCACAACAAGUUUUAUGUUUUAUUUCUUGUUUUUGGUUUCUCUUAACGUCUACGCGUUUGGAAUUCCUUCAUAUAAGGCGUCUGUUGGCAAAGAUGAAUUACGAAAUGCGUCGAUAAAUGUUAAGGUAGCGAUGCUUAUCUGUCUCAUAUCUGCUGGCGCUCAAACAUUGAAAGAAAUCGGUCAGUUAUUCGUUUACAAAUUCAAUUAUCUUAUGGACAAAGUUAACUAUUUGGAAUGUGUUCUCUACGUAUCAACAUUCAUCUUUGCUGUACCAAGUAACGACAGUAUGUCUGUAAAGACAAGUUUUCAAUGGAUGGCCUGUUCUGUAGCGUUAUUCUGUGCUUGGAUGAAUCUUAUUAUGUAUUUAAGAAGGUUUGCCUCCUACGGUAUAAUUAUUCUUAUGAUGAGGAAAAUUUCCUUCACACUAAUCAAGGUCAUGGGUCUUUUGAUAUUUUUCUUGGUCGCUUUUGCUGCCGCUUUUACAGUAAUAAUGAAUGAUAGACAGGGAUUUGAGUGGUUUAGCAUGUCUAUCUUAACUGGAGCAACGAUGACGAUGGGAGAGUUUGAUUUUAAACAGACAUUUCUCGGUGACCACUCUGAUUACAACACAUUUUAUCCAUUACAGUUGGUCCUCCUUGUUGGUUUUCUCGUCGUUAUGCCUAUCAUUAUUAUGAACCUUCUGCUUGCCCUUGCCAUUGAUGAUACCAGUAGCAUUAUGCAACACGCUAAGCUGCAGAAACACAUUCAAACGGCGAACAUGAUAAUUGACAUAGAACGGAAAAGGUCUUUAUUUCCAUGGCGAAGUAGAAAAACACUCAUACCUUGUUUACAGGAGAGACCCAACAAGACAUACAACUUUACCCGCGCCGUUUGGGAUUUUAUAUUUUACGGUCCUGAUUUUUCUACCAAUGUAGUCGAUGAGAGCCGGGAAAAAAUGGGAAAGAAACAAGACAUGUCAGCGUUGAUUGAAAUGGUGAAAGAACUGCAAAGGCAGAAUGCUGUUUUGCAAAAGCAGAAUGCUGUUUUGCAAAAUAAAAUGUUAGACAUUCAAAACGAGUUUACAAUGGAAAGGAAUCGUAGAUCAAUCGAGUAUCUCCGAAUGAGUCAAGAUAAACAAAACGCUACUACUCAAUUUCGAGGUUACAGUGAGAGCAUAGAAGCCUUUAAUCCAGAGGAGACAAGAGCUGAGUCUAAGCGAAAAGCUUGGGGAAGAGUACAAAACGAUCAUAAGAAAUUCGGUGUACCGAAUUCAAGUGACUAUGGCGUCGGUGAUGAUUUGCAGUAUUCUGAAGGAGAUUUUGACGAAGAGAGAGAAGCAAGAGAGAACGAUCCCGAAUUAAAUGAAUUAAAGAGACAGCAUAGUCAAAUGGAUACAUAUGAAGAUAAAGAUGGGGUAGUCGUUUAUGAUGAUGUAACAAUUUCUGUGAAUGAAAAUGAGGCUGAAGACAGUAGACUAUUUAAUAAUAAUGAUAAACUGUCAAUGAUUCUUCGUACUGAUUCCAGUGUUGUCUGAAAUGCUGAAACAGCAAAUCCUUAGGAACUCAUUCCACCGAGGUAACCACAAUAUGCUCUUAUGGAAACUGUCGUCAAUAUUGUUAGAGAUUUCCCCAAAGUGGUAGCGCAUGAUUUUAACAAAUGUGUCAUUUUGGCAGGAAGAAAUUAGUUUUAAUGUGUUAUAUUUCUAGAAUACAAACCUUACUAACACCAGGACGGGCCAUGGCAUGAUCUUUGGGUUUAGCGCAGCGUAGCAACUGGAGCUUUCUUUUUUUAAAUGCAUAAAAAAUAUUAAAUAAAGGUUCCAAAACCAA